AUGACAAUGAAUUUGGAACCGAUUGCCAUGAUUGGAAUGACAUGUUUAUUUGCUGGUGGAAUUGAUACACCUCAAUCAUUUUGGAAUGUUCUUAAAGAUUGUAUUGAUGUUGGAAGUGAAAUUCCAAAAGAACGUUUUGAUAUGGAUUCAUAUGUUCCUCUUUACAGUGUGAAAAAACCUUUGAUACGUCGUGGUUAUUUUCUAAAUGAUGAUCAACUUCAUCACUUUGAUCCAUCAUUUUUCGGUAUAACAGAUGGUGAAGCAAUGGCAAUGGAUCCAUGUCAUCGUCUUCUAUUGGAAAAAUUUUUACAUUUAAUUGAAGAUGCAAAUUAUACUAUUGAUAAGAUCCAAGGAAGUCGAACAGCUGUUUAUAUUGGCCAAUUCACAAAUGAUCAUAUGAUUACGUUUCAUCGUUCGAAAAUCGAAAAUGAAACAAAUUUAUUGGGACCAAAUUUAUCUCUAUAUAAUGCUUCUGCUCGACUUUCUUAUCAUUUUGAUCUCCAUGGUCCCAAUCUUACUCUCGAUACGGCUUGUUCUUCUUCUCUUCAAGCUGUCCAUCUUGCAGUUCAAAGUUUACGUAAUGGCGAAGCUGAUUUUGCUGUAGCUGGUGCUAGUAAUUUGAAUUACACACCUGAAAGUUUUUUUACUUCAUUAAUCAUUGGUGCUAUUUCACCAGAUGGAAGAUCACGUUCUUACAGUGAUGAUGCAAAUGGUUAUGCAAAAAGCGAAGGAGUUGGUUUAGUACUUCUCAAACGACUGAAAGAUGCCAUACGAGAUAAAGAUCAUAUUUAUUGUGUUAUUCGUGAUAUCAUGGUUUCCCACGAUGGCAAUGAAGGAAAAGCUGGUUAUACUGUACCAUCAAGUCAUGGACAAACCAGACUUCUUAAUGAAAUUUACAUGCGUAACAACAUCGAUCCGAAUAAAAUAUUUUAUAUUGAAGGUCAUGGAACUGGAACACAAGUUGGAGAUCCAAUUGAAGCAAAUACACUUGGAGCAUUUUUUAAACGUUCAUCCUAUAAUCCUCCACUUCUAAUUGGCUCUGUUAAAAGUAUUAUAGGUCAUACUGAAGGUACUGCUGGUGUUGCAUCUUUAAUUAAAAUCGGCUUAUGUAUGAAACAUCGAAUGAUUACACCUAAUAUGAAUUUUACUCGUAUUAAUCCAAAGAUUCAUUCCAUGAAAUAUAAUUUACAUGUUGUCAGUCAUAUUGUAUCUUUUCCUGAUGAACUCAUCUCUAUUGGAAUUAAUAGUUUUGGUAUUGGUGGUAAUACUGCUCAUGUUAUUGUCACUGAAUGGUCCGAAUCACAUUUGAAUGAAUAUUUACAAAAUGAUUGGAAUCAAAUGUCCAUAAUCACGAAACAGAAUCAAAUGAAUGAAUUAGACAAUGAUGAAAAAACAAAAUGCAUUGAUAUUGUAUCAUUUCAAAAUUCUAUUCAAAAUCAGAAUGAAACAUUACGACAGCAUUUCGUUUUGGCAUUCUCUUCACGAUGUAAUCAAUCAUUGAAAAAACACAUGGAAAAAUUUUCUAUAUGGUUUUCAACAGUACCUGAACGACUAUUACAGAGUUUUGAACAAUUAUUUCUUACUCAUUUGUGUGAAAAAGUCUUAUUGAAACGAACCACUAGUUUUUCACAUCGUUUAUCAUUUAUAUUUUCAAAUAGCAAACAAUUACAACAUCAAAUUAAAUCAUAUUUAUCAGAUGAAAGUAACUGUCCAGGUGUUAUUCUUCCUCAACAGGAAACACCAAUACAAAAUCAAACAAAAUAUAAUAUUUGUUUUAUUUACAGUGGUCAGGGUCCUCAAUGGUGGGCAAUGGGACGUGAAUUAUAUUCAGUUGAACCCAUAUUUCGUCAAUGGAUACAGAAAAUACACUCAGAAUUUUUGAUUGUUUCAAAUAAUUCACUUUCACUUAUCAAAGAAUUAAUUGAACCGGAAAAGGAAGAAUAUUCUAAUAUUAAUCAUACCAAUAUUGCUCAACCAACCAUAUUAGCUGUACAAAUUGCACUAACUGCUCUAUGGAUAUCAUGGGGUAUUCGCCCUAAAAUAAUAAUUGGACAUUCAAUUGGUGAAGUAGCAGCGGCAUAUGUUUCUGGUCGACUUACAUUGAAAGAAGCAGUUAAAGUCAUAUAUCAUCGUUCACGUUUGCAAAAUUAUAAUACAAAUAAAGGUGGACGUAUGCUAGCCUUAUUUCUUAGUGAAGAUGAAGCAAAUAAAAUACUUAUUGGACAUGAAGAUAAAGUUCAAAUCGCUGCCAUCAAUAGUCCAAAAUCUGUUACAUUAAGUGGUGAUGGUAUUGUUCUAGAGAAAAUUUAUAAUGAUCUUUCUAUGACGAAACCAAAUGUUUUCAAAUCAUGGUUAAGAAUUCAAAAUGCAUUUCAUAGUAAACAAAUGGAACGAUUUAAUAUCUAUGAAGAACUUCUUAAUUCUUUGACUGAUAUUAAUGGCAAUGAUCACAAUAUUGAAUUCGAUGAGAUAUGUUCAAAUGCUAUUCUCUAUUCAACUGUAACAGGAACCCGUUCUGAUACAUGCGUGUUGAAUGGAGAAUAUUGGUGGAAAAAUAUCAGAAAUCCUGUAUUAUUCGAUAAUGCAAUUCAAUCUAUUCUCUAUGAUAUGACUCGUUCAAAUGGAAUUCCAAUUUUUAUCGAAAUAUCACCACAUCCAGUUCUUUCUGCUGCUAUUCCAGAUUGUUUUAAUCAUUUUAAUAGAUCACAAGUAUUAUCAUCAUUUCAAUCACCAUUGAUUAUUCAUUCACUUAAACGAAAAGAAAAUGAACAACAAACAAUUCUAUCAUCUUUAUGUCGUUUAUAUUCAUUUUUUGGUUUAAAUUUGAUAGAUUGGAACAAGUUUUGGAAUUCUCGUUCGUAUACAACAAUAGCUUCAUGUCACAAUGAAAUAUUAAAAGAAAUAUUUUCUUCUAUUGAUAAAUUACCUCAGUACACAUUCAAUCAUCAAAUAUGUUGGUAUGAACCAAAAGAUUCUGUUUUUACACGACGAGCAAUAAGAAAAAUUCAUCAUCCAUUGCUUGGUUAUCGUUUAUGGCAUAAUGAAGCAAGAACACCAACAUGGAAAAAUAUCUUUACACUAAACAAACAUUCGACUAAUUUGGCUUAUUUAUUUGAUCAUAAAAUACAAGAAAAUAUUUUGUUUCCUGCAAGUGGUUUUAUUGAACUUGUAGUUGCAGCUAUUAAUCAACUUUUAUUUCUUUUAUCAUUACAACAACAACAAUCAAUUACUUUACAAAAUAUACAAUUUCUUAAUGGACUUAAUCUCAAAGAAGAUGAUACAAUUCAAAUUGAAACUGUUAUUAUAAUGCCAUUUCGUGAAUUUUAUAUAUAUAGUCGUCGUAAAUAUUUUAAUGAUUCUGUACGACUUGCUGGUAUUAGUGGUAAUGAUAUUACAACAAUGUUUUCAGAUGAAAAUUUCUUACAUGCAUAUUCAUCAAAAGAAUGGACAUUACAUUGUCGUGGUUCAAUUAACUUAGAUAUUGAUGCUUCAUUAAUCAGUUCGAUGUAUGAUAUUAAUUCUAUUUUAUAUCGUUUAUCAUCAUCUAAUAAUAAUAAUAAUACUAUAGUAGUAGCAAAAAAUGAGAAUGAAAUUAAACAUUUUUAUAAUUAUUGUUCUUUUGCUGGUCUAAAUUAUGGACCACGAUUUCAGUGUAUAAAAACAUUACAUAGAACGUAUUCUGAAGUAUUAUCAGAAAUUAUUAUUCCACCUACACUUUUACAAGAUCAAAAUAUAGAUCAACAACAAUAUAUUUAUCAUCCAGCAAUAUUAGAUGCUUGUUUUCAAGGAAUGGUUUCUAUUAUUCCGGGUAAAUUUUAUGAAACCAAUAUUCCUAUGUCAAUUGAUGAAUUGAUUGUAUGUGAUAGAAAGAAAAGUAUAUUUUCUAUUCUACAAGAAGAAACAAAUAAUAAACUUUAUGCUUUUCAGUCUUUAAAUUUAUCAACUAAAGAAAUCGCAUCAAAAAAAACACACACAACAGAUAUUCUUAUCUUUAGUACUACGAAUGAAUCGUUAUCUUCUUCAACAUCAAAAGCAGAUCCAAUUAUGAUAUUUCGAGGUUUUAAAUUACAAAAUUAUUAUGAUCAAAUCAUUACAAAAUCCAUAUUUCAAAGGAUUGACGAAAGUACUUCAAUUUGUAAUAAUAAUCCGAAGAAGAUUGUUGACACUGAUGAAUUGAUCGAUCAUUUUUGUGCAUAUGAAUAUUGGAAACCAACUGAACUCAAACACAAUCCUCUUGAAUUGUUACCACAAUUGACAACGACAUCAAUUACAGAACAAUUAUGGAUCAUUUUUUGUGAUCAGAAGCAAAAUAUUGGCAAGCAAAUUGCCAAUAUCUUAUCACAACAUCAAGUUAAUAAUGAAAAUAUAACAUUGAUUUAUUUAUCAACUGAAGAAAAUAAGAAUUUCAAUUCAAUGAAUUCAUUUAAACAAAUCAUAAUUCAUGAUACGUCUUCCAUAUCUACAACAAUAAGAAAUAUUAUUCAACAAAAUAUUCUUUUAAAACAUUCAUUGUUAAACAUUCUAUUCGCUUGGCCACUUGAUUUGCCAACAUUUAACCAUGAUGAUACAACAAAUCGUCUUAAUUUUCAAGCUCAAGAAGAUAUAGGAUGUGGAAUACUUAUGCACAUUAUACAAUCAAUCUAUGAAACAAAAUUUGAUAAUUAUCCGAAUAUAUUUGUUUUGACACAAAAUUCUCAACUGCCUGUUAAUAGAAACAAUCGACAAAAUUUUAAUAUAACUCAAUCACCAAUAAUUGGUUUUGCAAGAUCUCUUAUUAAUGAAUAUACAAUGAAUCAUAUGAAAUUAAUUGAUAUACAAAGUUCUAAUUUAUCAGUGAAUCUUUUCAAUUCUUUAAUCAAUGAAAUGUAUUCUACUAUAUAUAGUUCAUCGAAUAGUUCCCAUGAUGAAGAAGUUAUAUUAAGUUCAUCUGAGAAUAUCAAUAUUAUUCAGAGAUAUUUACCAAUGUAUGCUAUGAUUCAACCAUCAAAAUAUUCAAAGUUAAAUAAUAUAAAAACAACAAUUAUUCCAAAGUAUGAUGCUGAUCGUAUUAAUUUUCAAUUGCAAGUACCAACAUCUCGACUUAUAUCUGAUCUUAAAUGGACUUGGAGUAAUAAUGA